AUGGCUACGCCCCCGCCGCUCUGCGUGUGGAGCCGCCGUUUCUUGCUUCUACUGUUCCUGCCGCCUCUGAACCGGGGUGAGGCAGGCCGGCGCGCCCCCAGCUCCCCGCCCGCGCCCACCGAGGGCCCUGCCUCUCUGCCAGGUUACAAAGAAGACAAAACCAAGCCAGUUUGUGGCAAACCCUGGUGGCCGAAUGAUGUGGGUACGCACCGCCAUUGGCCCUGGGAGGCAAGCCUGCGGCUGAACAAUGAACAUGUGUGUGGAGGGUCCCUCAUUGACCCCAGCUGGGUGGUGACUGCUGCUCACUGCAUCCAAAGCACUAAAGAGUACUCGGUGAUGCUCGGCACCUCGGAGCUGCAGCCCCAGGCCUCCAGCCAGGCCCUCCUGAUCCCCGUGAAGGACAUAAUCAUGCACCCCAAGUACUGGGGGCGGACCUUCAUCAUGGGUGAUGUGGCCCUGCUGCAGCUCCACCCCCCUGCCAACCUGAGUAAGUUCGUGCAGCCCAUCUGCAUUCCAGAGCCCAAGUUCCACCUGGAGGUGGGGAAACCGUGCUGGGUGACCGGCUGGGGUCAGAUUAAGCAGCGUUUCUCAGCCGACUCCACAUUGAGCCCUGAGCUGCAGGAGGCUGAGGUCUUUAUCAUGGACAAUAAGAGGUGUGACCAGCUUUAUCAAAAGAAGUCCCUCUUCCCCCGCGUCAUCCCGCUGGUCAUGGAGGACAUGGUCUGUGCCACUGACUACGGGGAAAACCUGUGCUAUGGAGACUCUGGGGGGCCACUGGCCUGCGAAGUCUGGGGCAAAUGGAUUCUGGCCGGCGUGCUGUCCUGGGAAAAGGCCUGCUCCAAAGUACAGAAUCCAGGCGUGUACAUCCGGGUCACCAGAUACAGCCGGUGGAUCAGCAAUCAGCUUGCUGGGGGGCUCCCAAGCUCCCGGGCCUCCCCUUGGCUCCUACUUCUGUCUUGGAUGCUACAGCUCCAGAUGAGCCCCUGACCUCCCCUCUCACCCCUCCUUCUCCUCCUGCCUCUUCCUGCCUUUCUCUGCACCCUCUGCGGAAUGGAGCCGAUCACAGGUAGACCAGGGCCAUGUGUCUGCACUCAACAGGAGCCAGGGGGGAGAAGGAGUGUCCCCAGGAGAUUUGAGUCCUGCUUGGAGAUUUGGGACACUCAGCGGGAGGGGUAGGGCGAUGACUGGGCCCUGGGGGACCUGGAGCAGGGCAGUAGGGCCUAGAAGGGCUUUGCUAUUGUAGACCAGA